AUGGCAAGCCUGGCGACUGGCGGCAUCAAACUAAUGGGAGAGAUCGUCGGCGGCGACGCCUCCGCUACUGACCAGAUCAAAAACGGGUGGCUGCACAUGGUGGCGGUGCAGGCCUACGAGAAGCCCGACAAGCCCGAGCGUUUCGUACCAGACCCAACCAGUGCGUUUUCUCACCGCGACACGCCGCUCCAUUACGCUGACAGCGUCGUGAGUCUGAAGCAUUUGGUGGAUUGGGUGACGCUGGAGGAUGGCGCCGCGGAUCAGCUGGACACAGUCGAUGUGCAUGACGCCAUGUGCGGGAGCAACUACAUGGCGUUGCCAGCCCCGUUUAAACUGAACAAGGACCUUGGCGAAAUCGAUGUCACCAUGCAGCUCUACAUCUUGCCGAAGGACGCGAACGGCGAGCAGUACGCGCUGAGGUACGUCAGGUUCGACAACAAGGUUCGGGCCGACAUCGCUAAAGAGGUCUUCGUUGCAGGUUACGACAAGGGAAAGCGAGAGGCGGGCUACCGUUUCAUAGAGGAGUUCGGCCCGAGGGCAAACAGCCGCGAUCAGUUCGCGGAGUGGACCGACGAGCAAAUUAACGACGAGCGCUCGCCGAUCUUCGGCUGGCAGGCGGCGGAAGUCAAGGAGUCGCUCCGCAAUUGCGCGUCGGGCAGCGAUGGCGCGAAGACGCUCGAGCGCUGGGCGGUCGCGCUCAAGCACUCCCACCUGUUCGUAUUCGACAACGUCGUGAUCCCCAUUCUCGAAAGCCACAACGUGCACGGGACCAUGUG